AUGUGCAAGAACUACAAAAGGCACAGAAUAAUAACCAAAGAUAAACAUCGCCAAAAAUUUAAGUGUGGUAGAGAGACAGCCUUCUAUAUAGAAGCCUUAUAUUAUAGUUUCCAAGACAUUUUCAAGCAACCAUGUGGCAUAUCUUUUUGGUUGAUAAUAAUACAUAAACCAAAAUGCUACUGUGUGAUAAAUUUUUUUAAUAUUUUUUAUUAUUUUCAGACUGACACCAAAAAGAUAUCUGCUGUCUCGAUAUUCUUCAAGACAAUGCCAUACAGAUUGGAUGAAACCACUGGUUACAUUGACUAUGAUCAGUUGGAGAAAAGUGCCACACUAUUCAGACCCAAAUUAAUAGUUGCUUGUGCCAGUGCUUAUGCACACUUGUACGACUAUGCACGCAUACGCAAGGUCUGUGAUAAGCAGAAAGCUAUUUUGUUAGCUGAUAUGGCACACAUCAGUGGAUUGGUUGCGGCAGGUGUUAUUCCAUCUCCUUUUGAGUAUGCAGAUAUUGUUACAACCACAACUCAUAAGUCACUUCGUGGCCCUCGUGGGGCUAUGAUCUUCUUCAGGAAGGGGGUCAUAGCCCCACGAGGCCACAACUCCAGAGUUCAAAGCUUACCAAGAGCAAGUUCUCAGUAAUUCCGCAAAAUUUGCAGAGAGCUUGCUAGAGAAGGGCUAUGAUCUUGUCUCUGGUGGAACUGACAACCAUUUAGUGUUGGUAAAUUUGAGGGACAAGGUAAAAGGAGAUUCUUCCUUCCUAUUAUUGUUUGUUCUUCGUUUUCUUUUCUGCAUCAGGGAGAUUUAUUUGGACCAAGUAUAUUCUUUCUGCUUGUUAGACAAAAUCCUAGGGCCUUGGGAAUGAUUAUGCCAUGGUUACUUAAAGAUAAUAUUACUGGACUGAACAACUCCAAAAGAGAGUGUAUUGAACAACUCCAUGAUUAACACUGGCUGUCAAUAUCAAUUUAUAGGUAUGUCUUGAGUUUAACUGUAUUACUGUUCUGCUACAGUUCUAGGUAUGUCUUGAG